AAUUUUUCGAAUUAUAAUAAUUUCUAAAAGGAGAUUUAAAAAUGGGAGGAGAUCGUCACAAGUCAUCCAGAAGAGAAAGAUCGAGGGAUUAUGACCGCAGCCGGUCUAGGAAAUCCCAUAAAAAAGAUUCAGACAGAAGCAGUGAAAGGAGAAGGGACCGUAAGAGACAUAAAUCUCAUAGAUCUCCGAACGGAAGCCCUGAAGAAGUGUCUACCUUCAGACCCCUCUUCUUUGCAGGCUCUAAAGGGACUAAAUUAGCACCCAGAGUUGCCACUGAGAAACCUAAAAGGAUCGUUCGGGAUGAGACAAAAGAUGAAAAUGAGACUGAUAUCAAUACAAAGACAAAGGAAGAAAGUGGUGUUACUCACAUCAAAUCAGAUAAGGAUUACCUAAAACUAGAGGACGAAUAUGCUGUCUAUGAGUGGGAAGAAAAUGAGAAAGAGCUCGACAGAGCCUGGUACGAUCAAGAUGAAGAAGCUCCAUUCGUCGCAAACUUCGACGAAGCUUAUGAAAAGGAGAAAGAGGAGGAAGUUCAAAUCCAAAAGAAAAAGAAAGCACAGCCAGUCUCUAGACACCAGAAGAACCUUGCUGACCACGAAAAAUGGGAGAUAAAUAGAAUGGUCCAAUCUGGAGCCAUGCAUCAAUCUGAUGGCUAUAGAGCAGAUCUGCUUGAAGAAGAUGAAGACAGAGUUGUGCUAAUGACCCAUGAUAUUAAACCUCCAUUCCUUGAUGGAAGAUUCAAGUUCACUACUCAAUCUGAGUCAGUCCAGAUAGUCAGAGAUCCAAACUCAGAUUUUGCAAAGCUCAGCAAGAAGGGCUCAAAUAUUCUUAAGCAUAUCAGAGAAAGAAAUGAUAAGACUAAAAUGAGAGAAAGAUUUUGGGAGUUGGCCGGCUCCAAAAUUGGCCAACUGAUGAAAAUUGACCAGAAGAAAACCAAAGAUGAAGAAGAGAAGAAAUUUGGUAGCAAAGAUGAGAUCGAAGAAGAUAAAACAGUGUUCAAAGAUGACGGAGAAGUUGAUUAUAAAGGAAGCAGCCAGUACGCCAAAGCCUUUGCUGGGAAUAACGAAAAGGCGGUGUCUAUAUUUGCGAAGACUAAGACUCUUCAAGAGCAAAGAGAGUACCUUCCAAUUUUUGGAGUCAGAGAUGAUCUGAUGACUGUAAUACGUGAUAACAAAAUUAUUAUUGUUGUUGGUGAAACUGGAAGUGGUAAAACCACCCAGCUCACGCAAUACAUCAUGGAGGAAGGAUAUGCCAAAAAUGGUAUGAUAGGGUGCACCCAACCAAGAAGAGUAGCAGCAGUCUCUGUUGCCAAAAGAGUCGCUGAGGAAAUGAACAGUGAACUAGGUGAGAAAGUAGGAUAUUCUAUAAGAUUUGAAGAUGUCACUUCUGAAAAUACUGUCAUUAAAUACAUGACUGAUGGGGUCCUUUUAAGAGAAUCUUUAAAUGAUGAAGACCUAGAGAUAUAUUCAUGCAUUAUCAUGGAUGAAGCACAUGAAAGGAGUCUCAAUACUGAUGUAUUGUUUGGUUUACUCAAGAAAGUAGCAACCAGAAGAAGAGACAUCAAAAUUAUUAUCACAUCAGCUACGAUGAAUGCUAACAAAUUUAGUGCUUUCUUCGGGAAUGUGCCUAUUUUUGAAAUUCCAGGAAGAACAUUCCCAGUGGAUAUCAUGUUCUCUAAACAUAUAAUGGAAGAUUAUGUAGAUGCUGCUGUAAGGCAAGCAAUUUCAAUACAUUUACAACAAGGAGAAGGAGACAUUCUAAUCUUCAUGACAGGUCAAGAAGAUAUUGAAACAACAUGCAUACUCAUUGCUGAAAGAAUGGAGAAGAUGGAGGGAGCACCUGAACUUCUUGUACUUCCUAUCUAUUCUACUCUUCCUUCAGAUGUCCAAGCUAAGAUCUUUGACUUCUCUGAGAAUAGAAAGUGUAUCGUCGCUACAAAUAUUGCUGAGACUUCUCUGACUUUAGAUGGUGUAAAAUAUGUUAUAGACACUGGAUUUUGUAAACUAAAGGUUUUCAACCCCAAGAUUGGUAUGGAUUCACUCCAAAUCACCCCGAUUUCUCAAGCAAAUGCUAACCAGAGAUCGGGUAGAGCUGGUAGGACUGGUCCUGGAAUGUGCUUCAGAAUGUACACUGAUAACAUCUUCAGAACCGAGCUUCUUGAAAGCAACAUUCCUGAAAUUCAAAGAACUAAUCUUGCGAAUGUGGUACUUUUGUUAAAAUCCCUGAAUGUUGACAAUCUCCUUGAGUUUGAUUUCAUGGAUCCGCCUCCACAAGAGACCAUCUUGAACGCAAUGUAUCAGCUCUGGAUUCUAGGAGCCUUAGAAAACACAGGAAACUUGACUGAUUUAGGAAGGAAAAUGGUAGAAUUUCCUUUAGAUCCUCCUCUGUCCAAGAUGCUUAUUCUCUCACAUGACUAUGAGUGUUCUGAAGAGGUGCUCACAAUUGUAUCAAUGCUCUCAGUGCCGUCAAUUUUCUACAGGCCUAAGGGAAGAGAAGAAGAGUCUGACUCUAUCAGAGAGAAGUUCUUCGUUCCUGAAUCAGAUCAUUUGACUCUCCUCCAUACGUACAACCAGUGGAAGAUGAAUGAUUAUUCAGGAGAAUGGUGCAUGAAACACUUUAUUCAGGUUAAAGCCAUGAGAAAGGUCAGAGAAGUCAGAUCUCAACUUCUUGAUAUCAUGAAGAUGCAGAAAUUAGAACUAAACUCUUCAGGAAUGGACUGGGAUGUUGUCAGAAAGAUUAUUUGUUCAGCCUAUUUCCACAAUGCUGCUAAGAUCAAGGGAAUAGGAGAGUAUGUUAACCUCAGAACGGGUAUUCCAUGUGUCCUGCACCCAAGUUCUGCUAUUUAUGGUCUUGGAUACACUCCUGAUUAUGUUGUCUAUCACGACCUUGUCAUGACCACGAAAUCAUAUAUGCAAGAGGUUACAGCAGUUGAUCCUCUUUGGCUUGCUGAGCUUGGCCCAAUGUUUUUCUCAGUCAAAGAAUCAUAUGGAAACAAUGAAUCCAGACUCACAAAUCUUGGAGGAAGUGGAGCCAAAACAAAGACUCUGAUAGAGAAGCAUGGUAAAGAAGCCAUGGAAAAGCAAAUGGCUGAAGAAAUGAGGAGGAAAAAUGAAGAAAAAGAGCAAGAAAGACUAAAGAAACUACAAAAAACUGCCAUUAUCAAAAGGACGCAUUCAGAAGCAGUCUAUGCAGGUAGGAACAAAGCUCUCAGAAAGACCACACCAAGGAUCAGCAAAAAGUUUGAUGAUUAAUUCUUAAAUAGAUACCAAGG